CCCUAAGCCCGGCCCGAUAACUUCGUAAAACCUAAUCGAACUCUUCUUCUUUCCAGCCGCCUCCUCCUCACUGUUCUAUCGUCUUCUCUUCUUAUCUCGACUCAUUGUUGUUUUUUCGGUACUUGCUUUGCUCUCUCAUCACAGUAUCAGUGCGAGAGAGACCUCGACCUUCUUUGUUUGCCGCCGUCUCUUCCUCUAGUCGUCAGCUCAACUUCGCAACCAUGAUCAUCCCAGAGAAGAACAGGAGGGAAAUCUCCAAAUACCUAUUCCAAGAGGGAGUGUGCUAUGCAAAGAAGGACUAUAACUUGGCAAAGCACCCAGAAAUCGAUGUGCCAAAUCUGCAGGUGAUUAAGCUGAUGCAGAGCUUCAAAUCCAAGGAGUAUGUGAGAGAAACUUUCGCUUGGAUGCACUACUACUGGUACCUGACCAAUGAUGGUAUUGAGUUUUUGAGGAACUACCUCAACCUUCCAUCUGAGAUUGUCCCUGCAACUUUGAAGAAACAGGCCAAGCCUCCUGGUCGCCCCUUGGGCCCAUCUGGUGACCGCCCACGUGGCCCACCUCGUUUUGAUGGAGGAGAACGCAGAUUUGGUGACAGGGAUGGGUACCGUUCAGGUCCUCGUGCACCAGGGGGUGAUUUUGGUGACAAGGGUGGAGCACCUGCUGACUACAGACCUUCUUUCGGGGGUAGUAGGCCUGGCUUUGGUCGUGGUGCCGGUGGAUCUGGUGGAGCGGGUGGUUUUGGUGCUGGCCCAGCUAGCUCUGAUCUCUCCUAAGGAAAUGGUUUACUUAGACACCGUUUGGUUUCCUGAGUUUUCAUUUAAGAACGGAUGACAUUCUGUAUUAGGAGACAAUAGCAGUUUUGUUUGACUUGCAACAGUCUUGGGAUUGUAUUAGAUGUUUGUUUUUAUUCUAUAUGGUCUUUGAAUUGCACUUUGCAAAAUUUA